AUGUCGCCCAACUACGUGGUGCGAUGGUCAACAGGGGUGACUCCGCAUUUUGUCCUGACAUCCGGGUGGCAAAGAAGCACCGAGCCCUGUGUGAUUUCCCAUUUGCUACUCGCCGCCCUCGUGAUGGACGACUUGCCGGCUUCCGGCAGCGCCCGAUCGCCUUCAGCCCCGCAAUGGCCGCCGCUGAACCCUCGUCUCCUGCCGAAAGUUCAACGUCCGUGCGGACGCGACGAGAAGCCGCCCAUGCUCGCCAACAACAGCCUAUUCAUCAAGCGCUUCAGCAUUAAGGGCAUGAUCGGCCAGGGCGGCUACGGUCAAAUCUACCAGGCCCGCGACACGGUCACCAAGCAAGAUGUGGCGAUCAAGAUCGAGCCGAAGGUGCGCCGCGAGCGUGUCGCCAAGCGCAUGAUGCUCGAGCAGCGGGUCCUCAUCGAGCUGAAGGGCAAGCCGCAUGCGCCGUACCUGAUCGCCUCCGGACACCAGGAGCAGAUCAAUUACUUUGUGCUGCAGUUGCUCUCCGUGAACCUGAGCGACCUGAAGAAAAUGUCGCCGCACAAGCGCCUCUCCAAAUCCACCGUCGGCCGCAUCAUGGAGCAGGGCAUUUCGGCGUUACGCGAGAUCCAUCGCGCUGGAUAUGUGCACAGAGAUGUGAAGCCGGGCAACAUCUGUUUCGGCGUCACGCCGGCCUCCCAACGGCGCCUCAUCCUGCUCGACUUUGGCCUCGUGCGCCGCUACCUGAAUGAAGACGGCACGUUGCGGACGCCGCGCGAGAACUGCGGAUUCCGUGGCACCGUUCGCUAUGUCUCGGUUCGCGUGCACAAACAUAUGGAACAGGCGCCCUGUGACGAUCUCGUCUCGAUGUUCUACACCGGACUCGAGCUGCUGCUCUCCGACCUGCCGUGGAAAACGAAGAAGCACACGCGUGAGAUCAAGCGCAUGAAAGAAGAGAUCGGCAAGAUCGACUUUGUCCAAUUCCAGGAGGCCAUUGGCGACGUGUUCACGGACUUUGGGCGGAUGAUCUACUUGCUGCAGGGCGACGACGAGCCCGAUUACGACCUGCUGAUUCGCGCGCUGCACGACAUGCGCAAGCCGCAUCGGCUCUACGACCCGUACGACUGGGAUAACGGAUGGGUCGAUGUGGAGGAAUGGGCGCCGGGAGCUGCCCCCACCGCUGCACAUCCCCCGGUUCCUGCGCGAAGCUCCAGGGCUCGCAUCGACUCGGCCAAGGCAGCGAGCUCUCCACCGAUCGGUUCUCGCGUCGUCUCGGCCCUCGCCGGU